AUGCUAAAGACCAGCUUAAACCAGCCCUCUCAUGGGAUACUCGUCUACGAAUUGCAUGUGGCAGCAUAUAUGCACUCAGCAGCAUCAAACUCCAUUCUUCAUCGUGACAUCAAAUCGUCCAACGUACUCUUGGAUGACAAGUUUAGUGCAAAAGUAUCUGAUUUUGGGACUUCAAUAUCCAUUCCUUAUGACCAAACUCACUUAACCUUGACAGUGCAGGGUACUUUUGGGUACAUUGAUCCAGAGUACUUCCAGUCAAAUAGGUUCACAGAGAAAAGCGACGUCUAUAGCUUUGGGGUUAUGCUUGUAGAGCUUCUGACAAGCAAGCAGCCAAUUUCUUUUACUAGAGAAGAGAUGAUGGGAGAAAUCUUAUCAUGCACUUCGUUUAUUUGGCAAAGGAGAAUCAAGUUCAUCAGAUUUUGGAUCCUCGAUUGGCUGGAGAAGCGGAGCCAAAGGAUAUUGAUGCCAUUGCAAGGCUUGCAACCAGGCAACCAGAUGCUUAAUUAA